AUGACAAUCGCUGUUUUCGCCCACAAAACGAUCAAAAUGCUGCGUGCAAGGCGUACGAUGCAAAAAUCGGGCAAAGAGGCGCGCAAGUUGGGCAACAACGCGCCGCCGAAACGCAGAAAAUUAGAGGGAAAUUCAAAACGACUAGUGGCUGCUACCGGCUUCUUCACGGGCGGAAUAAAGUCGAAAGUCGCCAAAAAGGCGAAAAAUUCGCGGCAAUUUCAGCAGAAAAUACUCGAGGAGGACCUGCACGGGCUCUUGUUCGAGCAAAAAGGUGAUUCCGAGGACGAAUUUCCUCAUUUACGGCGGUCUGUUAGACUGCAGUCGAGAAAAAGGUCGUUUAGACACAAAAGUAGGGAUUUUUCGCCGGUAGAUACUGAUGUGGGGUUUGAGAAGCCCGCAACGAGCAGAAAUACGAGCAAAAGCAUAUUCAGGGAGAUAAAUAAGAGGUGUGGUGAGUCAAAUACUGCAAGUACACCUCUGUUUGACUCAAGAAAGGUACAAACUCAACAGAGGGAUAUUAACUUAGUAAACAACGGCGAUUUACUUGAAAACUUGACUGUUAAAGUUGAUAUCGACAAUAAACCGCAGAUUGGGGCGAAUAUAUUGCAGGAAAUCCACAGGGUUGAUAGGAUACUAUCGGGGCAAGACAGUGAUAGUGAUUUGAGCCCUUAUUUGGUGAGGCAGUCGAAUAAUCCUGAUAACAACAUGGAAUUUAAGUUGUAUAAGCCUGAGGAAUGGGUUUACAGCACUCCACCACGACAGAGGAUUGUUCUGCCGCAACCUGAAGAGUCUGCAAUACAACCUGCUAUUUUGUGCUCUACGAGGAAGCAGCACAACAUAUUUGAGUUGAGGGAGUCGAGCAAUAUAAGAAUGGACUUUGAGAAGUUCCACAACCAUCAGCCGAUAAGUUUGGAUCAGAGAUUUUUGAAACACAUCACGACUAUUGAUGUUGAAAGUCAAAGAAGUGGGGACCCCAUUUGGGGGGGAAUGGAUUUUGCUAAUCAUUACAUCGAUGUGCCCAACAAACCUGUCAGGGUUACAGAGGCCACUAACUACAUGGAACAGCCUUCGUAUUCUACGAACGAUCAUUUCCUGACCCUCACAAGCCGCCCUUCCAAGACCGUUGCAAAGAUGUCGCGCAAUUCCGGCAAGCUGCGCAAGGUGAACAUAUUCGGCGAGUACGAGGAAUCGCCGCAGCCCAGCUGCAGCAGCACCGUGACCAGCCAGGCCCAAAUCGACGCGCAGGCGUACCAGCGCCAUCUGGUGGACGUCGACAUGGAUCGGAGCUUCGCUCCGCUGGAAAGUUCCGACGACGAAGGCGAGGGUAAGAAAAAAUUCGCGUUCAACCCGCAAAUGCCGAGUUUCAUGCGACUCGGCGAGCCGGAUCAGUCGCCUUUGAUGUUCGACUUCAGCAAGAAGCAUCAGUAGACGCGCGCGCGGAAUUGUGCGACUUUAAAACGCGUCAAAAUCAACCUUAA